GGAGGGUGGGGAAGGAGGGGUGGCCCUCGGACCCGGGGCGCGCGGGCGGGGCUCGUGCCCGGCCCCAGCCCCAGCCCCGCCCCUCGGCCCCGCCCUCCCGGCUGCGGGGCGGGGAGGAGGCGGCGGCACUGCGCGCGGGCCCUCGGCUGGCGGUGAGGAGCGCGGAGCCGGAGCCGGACGCCGCGGCCGCCACCGCCACCUGCGCGGUCGUCAUCAAGGUCAAGAGUUCUGGAGGGUCACGGGCAGGGCUUACGUGCUCCAGCCUGGAAGAGGCACACAGCAUUGCUGCCCCCGAUCCACUGGCUAGAACUAAUACCGUGGCCGCCCAGUGGCAAGGAAGCUGGAACGUGGGGGGAGCAUCACCACUGGCCACAGACAGAUGUGCACCCCCCCACCGCUGCUGCUGCUGAAGAUGUCAUGGAAUCCCCAGUACCGGAGCUCCAAGUUCCGCCACGUCUUUGGCAAACCAGCCAGCAAGGAGAACUGCUACGACUCGGUGCCCAUCACCCACAGCGUCCAAGACAAUCAUUUCUGUGCUGUGAACCCCUAUUUCAUUGCAGUCGUGACUGAGUGCUCCUGUGGGGGGGCCUUCUUCGUCAUUCCCUUGAACCAGACGGGAAAGUUGGACCCCCACUACCCAAGGGUCUGCGGGCACAGAGGGAACGUCUUAGACAUCAAGUGGAAUCCUUUUAAUGAUUUUGAGAUCGCCUCCUGCUCUGAAGAUACCACAAUUAAGAUCUGGGACAUCCCCAAGCAGCUGCUGACAAAGAACCUCACAGUCUGCAAGAAGGAGCUGAUGGGCCACACCCGCAGGGUGGGCCUGGUGGAGUGGCACCCCACGGCCGCCAACAUCCUCUUCAGCUCUGGCUACGACUUCAAGGUAAUGGUCUGGAACCUGGACACAAAGGAGUCUAUAAUCAUGAACCCCGUGCGGACGAUUACCUGCCACCAAGGCACGAUCCUCUCCAUGUCCUUCAACACCAACGGCAGCCUGCUGGCCACCACCUGUAAAGACCGCAAGAUUCGGGUUCUCGACCCCCGGGCAGAGGCCGUCCUCCAGGAAGCCAACUGCACGGAGCACCGGGCCAACAAAGUGCUGUUUCUGGGGCACCUGAAUAAGCUGCUGUCCACGGGCACAUCCCGAUGGAACAACCGGCAGUUGGCCGUGUGGGACCAGGACAACCUCUCCCAGCCUCUCUCAGAGAUGGACCUGGAUGGCUCCUCGGGCGUGCUGUUUCCCUUCUAUGACGCGGACACCAACAUGCUCUACGUGGUGGGGAAGGGAGAUGGAAACAUCCGCUACUAUGAGGUGAGCGCCGACAAACCUCACCUGAGCUACCUGACAGAAUACCGCUCCCAUAGCCCACAGAAGGGGAUGGGUGUCAUGCCAAAGAGAGGUCUCGACGUCACCUCCUGCGAGAUCUUCCGCUUCUACAAGCUGAUUGCAAGCAAAGGCCUCAUUGAGCCUAUAUCCAUGAUUGUACCCCGGCGGUCGGAGUCUUAUCAAGAGGACAUCUACCCGCCCACGGCAGGAGCCUGGCCGUCUCUGACAGCCCAGGAGUGGCUCCGUGGCAUGAAUAAAGGGCCAGUCAUGGUGUCCCUGAGGCCCUGCUCCGAGCUGCUGAGCCCCCAGCCACUGCUCCCAGAGAGACCCCCCUCCGUCCCCACGGCCCCCUCCAACCAAACAGGGAAGGUGGUUGUAGAAGAUGGCCGGAGAUCCUUCUCCCUGCUGGAGGAGAAGGUGCCCAGGCAGGCAGCAGCUGAACACAGGCCAGAAGAGAAGACAGCUCGGCUCACCAACGGCUUUGACAUGGAGUGUCCCCCACCAAAGACAGAGAACGAGCUGCUGCAGAUGUUCUAUCGACAACAGGAGGAGAUCCGAAGACUCCGGGAGCUGUUGACCCAGCGUGAGGUGCAGGCCAAACAGUUGGAACUGGAGGUCAAAAACUCGCGGAUGGGCUCAGAGAGGUUCUGAGCAGAGACCUCUGCCUUCCCCGCCCUCAGGGACACCACUCGGCUCCAUGGGGAGGUCCAGAACCAAACCACAAGUCCCCCAAGAACAACCACUAUUUCUAUAUUUUUUACCAGAAAACGAAAACUCUUGGUUGCUGAAAGAUUCUAGUGGGAGGGAUGUGGUGCCGUUUUUCUAUUUGCCUUCUCAAAACAAGUGUCUGAAUUGACUCUUUUUAGACAAUAACUUGCCUUCUGUUAGAGCUGGAAGGACCUAAGAGGGGAAGCUGCCUGUGAUUUUCAGACUGUGGUCCGCAGAAUGGGAGGAAGCCUAAGCAGAAGGGCCAUGCCCCCCCUCCACCCUGCUCCAACCAGACAGUUCCCUUUCUUUCUGAUUUAAAUAUUGGCUUCUGUGGAAUACAUAAUUCUUCUUCUGAAAAAACCUUUAGAAGUUUGAAAAACAGUGAUCUGGCCCAACUUCCUCAUUUUACAGGUGGGGAAACUGAGGCUCAGAGAGAGACAAGUGAUCAAGAUCCGCAGAGGGUUCAUGACAGGGCUGGGUCAAGCCUCUGGUCUGCAGGGUCUGUCUUUCUGCUGUUUCUGGUCUGAUGCAGUCUCAGCCCACAGGGCAGGAAUCCGUUUAUUCUGGCCUCGGCUGUGCCCCUGAUUUGUGCAGUGACCUCUUACAAGUCCUUCCCUCUCUGGUCUCAAUUUCUCCAUCUGAACCUGGGGUCGCUGGGCUGUGCUGCCCUCUACAGGACCUGCCACCUGCGAUGAGAAACCUUGGCCGUGACCUGAGGAAAACUACCUAUAGGGUGAUGAUCAGGGUCUGCUGUAGGAACUCACAAGACAUUGGUGAACGGGCAGAGGAGCUUUAACUGCGGGGAAAUAAGUCAAGCUUUGGCCCAGUGCUAGAACACAGAUAGGAGGCUCCCACACCAUCCUCUCUUCAACCAGAAUCAGCCAAGUAUGGGCAGACACUAUCCCUUAUGUGGGGGAGCAGACAUCAGAGUGGUUCCCAUGACCACGGACUGCCACCCCCAAAGCCCUCAGGCCACAGAGCCUGCCCGCUUCCGGGGGAUGUAGGCAGAUUUUGGUCCAGGAGGGAGGGAGCCCCAGCACUGCAGGAUGCCAGCAGAGCCCCAUGGCCACCCACUUCUGGAGAGGGAGGACUGCACUAGGCAAGGAGUAGGGCCGGAUGACCCUGAAGUUCCCUUCUAGCCUGAGAGUUUUUAUAUGUCCCUCCUUUGGGAGUCUGUGUUCUGAGCCUAUUCGCUAAGGUUCUUUCUCAGUGGUCAGUACAGCAGCCUAGCUAGAGAUGGAGAAUGUUGGAAAUUAAAUGUACCCCCUCCUUACUGAGGAGGUGCAGGCGAUGGGGUUUUGCCCACUGCACAGGGCAGUCCUGGAGCUAAGAUUGGGACGGGAGGAGGCCACCUAACCUGGUAGGUUUCAAUCCAGGCUGUACAUGAGAGUCCUCUUAGGAGGGUUCGAGAAAUACAGAUGCCCAGUCCCAACCCCAGACCAGUUGAAGCUGCAUCUCCAGAGUAGGGCCUGGCUUUGUGUAUGUUGUUAUAAGUUCCCAGGUAUUCUGCAGUACAGUGAGGAUGGAGAGCCACUGGGCUAGCCCAUCUGUACCUAAUUGCAGUAGAGACAAGGACAGUGAGCAUCAGACAGGCUCCGGGACUCCAACCCCAUCCUCUGAGUCCAGGUUGGAAGCGUCAUCCCAUGUCUCUCUGGGACCCCUGGCUACAACUCGAUGAGGGCUCUGGACCCCUGAGCGCCCCUUCCCCUAGCCAUGGUUCUGACCCCUUGUCUGCCUCCACACGCCAGACACCCUCAUCCCCUAUCUUGUUGACUUGGUCACUGGGGCUCACCAAAGGCCAAAUCCCAGGGGUUGUGAGGGAACAGAACUCCCCUGGAUAGGGUUCCCUGGCACACCCAGCUCUAAUUCUAACAUGGGCCAGGCAGGCAUCAUCCCCCUGGUCAGAAUAAUGACACUAUCCCCAUGUCAUUCUCAGAGAAUGAAGAAGUAUCCCUCCCACCGGCACUGGCUGCAAACAGGAGGUGGGGGUGAGUCUGGGGAGCAUCCCGAAUGCCUCCUCCACACAGAACCUUCUCAAGCUCUCCCUACCCCUUAAGGGACCCAGACCUCAUGCUUAAAAACAAUGUGAAGGCAUCCGUGAACAGACUUGUUUUUUGGGUUUGCUUUUUUUUUUUAAACUAGAAUAAAUUAUUUAAAUUAUUUCACAGCAAGGGAGAGGGAUAGGUAAUUUUUAUCGAAUAUUUUUUUAAGCCAUUUUUUAAAAUUGCCUUUUUGUUUAUGUUCUUGACUGAUGAAGUAGAAGUUGCCCAGCCAGCAUCUGUAGGGCCCGGCCCGCACACUCAGGGCAAAUAGAAUGUGCACUCAUCUCUUUACUCCAUACUCUAGGAGCCCCCUGACUGUUGACUCAGGAGCUUUCUGAGAAUGAAGACAGCACUGGGAGAUGAGCAUUGGGGCUUAUCCUUAGCUCUACAAUAAAUGUUCUUCCUGAAACUAAAUUUAAGAUUAUAUCAUAGAGGGAAGAAGGAAAUCAAAAAUAGAUCUAUGCUUUUAAUAUGAAACCGUGCCUGAAAUAGUUUGAUUGUAUUAAUGUUUCUGAAGUUCCUUUUACCUUUGUAAAAAAAAAAAUUAAGAAAUAAAAGUGAAAAUAAAUAGAUGUGAAAUCGUACAAUGGAAAGAAUGUAAGAAAAUAAUAAACAACAUCUGCCUAGACAUUUUAA